AUUGCGCACACGAUCUGCCAGCUGUCAAAGUUAAUAAUCGUCUGAUUAUCGAAAUCCCAUAUUUGUACAGAAAAACAACAGAAAUAAGUGGUAGUAAGCAAAACUGGACAAAACGGCAGAUUAUAGAGUCUUAUAAUGGAUUCAACAGUUCCGGAACCAUCGAAACAACUCACGACGGCCGAUGCACUAGCAGCUCGACGGGAAGCUCGCCGAAAACGAAUUUUGGAAAAUUCGAACAAUCGCUUGACCAAAAUCACCGGAAGGGAACAUAACGAACCACCCGCUGAAGAUUUCAGUGUAAAUCCUCCGGAAACUAUCUAUCCGGAUCCAGAAGAUGAGCGUGAUGUGUACCAGCAGCCGGAGCUAAACACGAUUUUCUCCGGAGCAGCUAACCUACCCGCAAACGGAGAUAUAUUCCAAGAGUUCUCCACAAUUUUUGGCACUGCUGCGGCUAACGGUAGGACAGGUGCUCCCCCACCUCCCGUUCCAGAUAGUACCCUAGUUAAGAUUCUUCGUACAAAAAUCCACAUUGCGCUAAUGGGAAUUAUGGUGUACCUGCUUUUUGCCACCGAAAGGCAGCAUCUGAUCGGCGGCAAUGUGUUCAUCCUGCUGUUGGGCUGGGAAGUGUUGGAAGUGUUCCUGCUGAAAACUUACCAACCCAAAGGUUCGUUCCUAGAUGUCAUAUUCCUUCUAGGAGGAAUAUCAAACAAAUACUCGCAAAUGAUAGUCAAAUUUGCACAAACACUCAACAAAGUACUGAAGGACGUGGCGUUCUUCGUGUUCUUUUUUGUUGUGACCCACUUGGUGUGGAGUGUGCUCGUACUGGGAAUCGAGGUGAACUUCGUGUUAAAUUAUGACAGCCUUGAAUCAUCGGUAUCAUAGGGCCAAGGGUAAGAUAAUUCCGCUAGUUGUCGUCUUAACUUUCAUGAAAAAAAAUGAACCAAUUAGUUCAUCCAAGGCUUUUUUUUGUUUUGAAACCGGUUUCGAAAACAUCUAACAAAAUGAUAACACUAAAAAACCUCAAACCCUCUACUGAUUUCUUUCAAAUCUGCCCUUACGUUCGUUUUAGUUGUAUCAUUAUUAUGGGAUAAAAACGUAACAUAAAUUGAA